AUGGCUGCCUCAGCUUCUUCUUCUUCUUCUCCUUGUGGAGCUUGCAAGUUUCUUAGAAGAAAGUGUGUCAAUGGCUGCAUCUUUGCCCCUUACUUCCGCCACGAACUCGGCACCUCUCACUUCUCUGCCGUCCACAAGGUCUUCGGGGCAAGCAACGCUUCCAAGCUUCUCGCUCACCUCCCGGUCUCCCACCGCUGCGAGGCCGCGAUCACGAUCUCGUACGAAGCUCAAGCUCGGCUGCAAGAUCCGAUCUAUGGCUGUGUCUCGCAUAUUUUUACUCUCCAACAACAGGUUCUGAAUCUAAGGGCUCAGGUGGCUUAUUUGAGAGAACAAGCAGCUCAAAUUCUUCUCAACAACUACACCAUAAGAAACCCUAACGAAUUACUGUACGGAAAAUCUCCAUUUUCCGGCGACCCAUUGCAGGAUCUUCAGAGUUGGCUUCUGGCGGAGGACCGGAGCGCCGCCGCGCCGGAGUUCGAACCUGCGGCGGUGCCUUUCGUUGAGAUGAGCUUGGCCGAUCCAAAUGUCGCCGGAGAUUGCUGCUGCGAAGAGAUUAUUGUGGACCGUUCGAUCUUCUCUCUCGAUGUUCAGAUCAACGGCGAAUAA